AUCCAGCUCUGGGUGGGUGAGGUGGUUGUAUCUUCAAGGAAAAUUUUGAAGCCUUAAAUUCAUUUGAGUAGAGUGUCUAUUCCCUGGAAGCAAUCUGAAAUGCAGCAGAUAAAUUCAGAGCAGCACAUGCUUGUGUUUUCACAAUUGCUCCAUGCAGAUCUAGGUGCUCCCACUCAAUUCUGGGACCUUGUGCUGGUGAUGUCAGCAGGGGGCAAGGUUGGCUUUGUGCUGAGGCAUUUGAAAACACACAUCCUGUCCGACCUUCCUGCUCUCCAGCUGGUGGUGACUAGUGCCGAGCUGCCUUCCUGCCUCAGCAGACAGCCCCUCCCAGCCCCAUGGAACGAGCCCGUUGGUGCACCUUGUCUGCUAACCCAGCCUAUGGGUACUCUCCACAUUAUAACCACUAACACAUUUGCCUGCUGAUGACUCAAACAGACAGGCUCAGUUAAUGAACCUGCAGCAAUAGGUCAGGAUCAAGUUUCGCACUUGCUGCUGGACAUGUUCAGAAUGAGGAAAUGAGCUAAUGCAGCUUUCUCUGGGUUUCAGCUGGCUUGACUUCCCCUUCUGAAAAAGCAGAAGGACAGUCCAUCCCUUCUUCACACACAGCCCUCUUUAGGAGGCAUGUUUUGCGCAGCUGCCUGUGGAGCAAAGCUGUCUAUUGCUGAUGGAGUUUUUACUCAAAAUGAGGGCACGGUAUCACAGCAAAGGAACCGGGAAAAUAAAUAAUUCCAGGAUAUUGCCUUGUCAAGUGUAUAAUAGCAGAGUGGUCCUCCUACAACUUUGUAUGCAGGACCUGAAAAAAAAAUUAAAUGAAAGGGGAUGCAGUGGUUUUACUGGAAGGACUAGAGUCCUUAUGUGAUGCUGGGAGUUGGAGUGGUGGUGUGCAUCAUGUGUGACCUGCUGCUGGGCGUGCAGUAAUGCUGAUGGGUGUGUUGGCACUCAACGCUGAAGGCUCAUUUUGGUCUCAGACUUUUGAGUUACAUCCGGUAGAGGUAAAUUAGACUGACAAAAUAAUUGCACCAAUAUUUAUACCUUCCAAAUAUCAAUUUUAUAUUAAGAAAUUACUUACCUCUAAUCCUAACAGCAGACUUUUAAGAUGUUGACUGUGAAAAUCUCACUCGUUUUCAAACACAUGAGAUAUGUCACUCUUUAGGUGUUGAGUGAUAAUGCCCUAAAAAGCCCUGGUUGUACUAAUAAACAAACAAAUAAAUAAAAUUGCAACCACUUACCAGACCUCUGACUAGUUUUUGUUCCAGCAUGAAAGAUUUGUGUUGACAAAGAAGGAGAUAAGUAAUUAUUCCCUAUGUUUUACUGAACUUUAAAAGCCUGUCCUGUGCAGUGGGCUGGCUCCUUUCUCUUAAAUGGGAAUUUUGGAUCCAAGUAGUACAGUAUCCAGGAUGUCCAUGGCGAAACUGGGCAUUUCUCGGUUACGGCACCCUGGCUUUUAUCGCAGCGUAACAACCAGUUUAAGUCCAGCACCUCUGUGGUGCAGCUGCUGGCCAGUGUUUUUCCCUUGGGAAUUAAAGUUUUCCACACACAAAACUUGAACCUUUUCUCCUUUGUUUCUUUCUGUAUCUGUCCUGUCAGAGACCCACUGUCAAGGAAGAGGGCAGGCUCUCGUUUCUGUGAUUGUGUAACAGCUGUCUGCCAUCAGUGACGUAAGCAAGGCCUCCCUUGGCUCUGUAUUGAAUUAAGCUGAAAUUUAAACUACCAAAAAUAAAAAAUUACAUUUUGAACACUGAGUUACAGGUGGUGUCUUCCUGUGAACUAACCCAUCACUGGCAUUUACAAUCUCUGUUUCAUUUCUCACAUCACAAGAUAAGGAAUGAUGAAACAGGAAGAAACGUGAAUUGCGUGGUUUCCAGUAAUGUACUGUCUGUAACAGAGUUUUAAAUUUAGAAAUAAGCUUUCAUGACAGUUUGUGGUGUUCUCCAUAAGCAGCAGCUAUCUGGUGACUAACAGAGCAGAAUCCAAACAGCCCUGGAGGGGCCUUUUUUAAUAUCUGUGGUUGUAUAAUUUUGCCUUGCAUACAGGGAAGUCCCCAUGUUAAAAUAAUAAGAAGCCAAAUGUAAAUAACCAUGUUUCUGAACUCCACAGAUGCAAAGCACCACACCCAAGGGCCAGGGGGAAGUUAUGGUUAGUAUUUGAUGUUUUUAAUGCAGACAGAGCAAGCUUUUGUCUUUACAGCUAAUAAGGGCACCGGGCUGAUCCUGUGGCAGGGCUUGCCAGUGGCAGGGCUGGUCAGUGAGGAGAGCCCCUGUCAGCUCCACCAUGGUUUGGGGCUGUUGCCUGCCAGGAUUGGGCAACAGCGGUGCUGCAUCAUUGCCCAAAACAUCUCUGCUCCUGGCUGAGAGUGGGGCUGGGUUUGCUUGAUGCUUAGCUCAUGGUAACGUGCUGGCCUGCCAGGGACAAGAGCUGCACCCAGGCAUGGGCUCUCGCAGGAGAUGGAGCACCGGGAGUCAGGGAUGGGGCCAAGGGCUCACGGCUGGCUGGAGUUGGGCUCCUCUGAGCAUCCUGUGAAGAGCAGGUCCUGCCUCUGUCAGGGGACUGCCUUGCACUGGCGCCCGUUGUAAUCCUGGGUGCACUUUUGCCUUCAAGCAGUGUAGGAUUGAUCCAUGCAGAUCUCACAUCCAUUCAGGUCUUUCUGCUCAGGGCUGGGGAGGGAGAAGGAGGAGGUAGAUGCAGAUUAUGUGCUGGCAUAUCAGAGUGUCUUAGCAAGGGACCCUCCUGUUCUCCUAGUGGGAGGUAGGGGUCUGUUUCCAGCCCACCCUGGCGUUUCCCUAUGCCUGGGGUCCCCUCCUGUUCGGCCUUAUGCUCAGGUAAGGAGGUGAGCAGGGCUGGGACUGGCUCAGGUCCUAGAGGGCUGCUCAAGGCAGCCUUUCGGUGGCAGAUUUUGAGGAAGCUGCAGGUAACUGAAAGGAAAUGGUGAUGCAAGGGCAGGAGCCCUUGCACACAGCCCGUAGCUGCCCCAUCCUGCCUGAGCUCUGUCCCAGCUUCCCUACCUGCCCUAUAGAGAAUGGUGCUGCCAUCCCUGGGCUCAGAGAGUGCUUUAACACGCUUCAUUCAGCCCUUCCACCUCUGCUAGAGAUGGAAAAGGCUCCUCUGGCUGCCGUUGCCAAGGCACCUGUCUGUCCUUGACCCUCUGCUGCAGCACUCUGUGCCAUCACAGGGCAGCAUCAGCAGUCAGAGGGUCACUUGGAUAUCAGGGCAGCCAGCCUGGCCCUUGCCCUUCACUGUCCUCUGAUUCCAGAGGUGCUUCCAGGAUACCCCGAGGCCUCCCACCCCGCCUCCUCCCUCUCCCUGGAGCCACCGGAGGGGCUGGGCUGGGAACUCACCAUGGGAAGCACCGACUCAGUACAAACCACAGUGGGUAAACGAUUACGGGUGUGAUUGCAGCCCAAGUUCCACUUCCCCAGCACUUUAACGGCAAAGCAGAGCUGAGCGAGGGCAGAGGGGAGGGGAGGAGAGGAAAGGAGAGGGUGCCCAGACACUCGGAGAGGCAGAAGCAGGGUCCGGAGCAGGACGCCGCGGGCAGGAGCAGCAAUGGGGGACGCCUUCAUCCGGCACAUCGAGCUGCUGGGCUACGAGAAAAGGUUUUUCCCCAGCCAGCACUAUGUCUACAUGUUCCUGGUGAAGUGGAAUGACCUAUCCGAAAAGGUCGUCUACCGCCGCUUUACUGAGAUAUACGAGUUCCACGUGAGUCCUUGCAGGACAGGCACUGUCCCCUGGCCCAGCACACCAGGGCUCAAGAAAGUGCUGAAGGAGAUGUUCCCCAUUGAAUCCGGGGACAUCAACACAGAGAACCGGAUCAUCCCACACUUGCCAGCCCCAAAGUGGUUUGAUGGGCAGCGCUCGACUGAGAACAGGCAGGGCACGCUGGCCGAGUACUGCUACACACUGGUCAACCUGCCCCACAAGAUCUCUCGAUGCCUGCAUGUGGUCAGCUUCUUCAAGGUCCGUCAUGAUGACAUGAACCCUGUCAUGGACAGCCAGAUCAAGAAGCCUGAGGUCUUCCUCCUGCCAAAGGAUUCCAAGCAAAGCCUCACUGACAUCACAGGCCCCAUUGUCCUGCAAACCUAUCGAGCCAUCGCUGACUAUGAGAAGAGCUCCACGUCCGAGAUGGCUCUAAAAGCUGGGGACAUGGUGGAUGUCGUGGAGAAGAGCGAGAAUGGCUGGUGGUUUUGCCAGUUGAAGAAUAAACGGGGCUGGGUGCCUGCUGCCUAUCUGGAGCCGAUGGAUGGUCCUGAUGAGUCUGAAGAGCAGGAGCCCAACUAUGCAGGUGAGUCGUAUGUGGUCCAGAAAAGCUACACAGCUGUGGAAGAGGACGAGCUGACCCUCAAGGAGGGUGAUACAAUCGAAGUCAUCCACAAGCUCCUUGAUGGCUGGUGGGUCAUCAGGAAGGAUGAAACCACGGGUUAUUACCCCUCCAUGUACCUGCAGAAAGCUGGAGAGGUAAACCCUGUGAAGAGUGAACUGAGGAACCGGAGUGCUCCUCCACGGAGAUCCACCAUCCGAAAUGCGAAGAGCAUCCAUAAGCAGGGCCGGAAGCAGAUCAGCCAGGAGACUUACAGGAGGAACAGCAAGAAGUACAUCCAGAGCCAGUGGAACAUGCAGGGAAAUUCCCAGAACAAGGCCAAUGUCAUCAUUGAGAAAAAUGAGCCACAGGACAACAAGGGCAAGGCUCAACCUGCUGUUCCUCCUCGUCCCAGCAAAGAUCUCAUCUUGAACCGCUGCACUGAGAGGACCCGGAGGAAGAUCCUGUGAGGAUCCUCUGAGCCCCCACACCAGACACCCACUGCUUCAUCUCCUCCAGCCCCUGCACAGCCGGGGCUUGGAGCCAGACCAGGGAUCCAUGUGGUUCUGGCAGCCACCACAGGCCACAGGGGACUCCUGGGCAAAUCGUCACAGACCUGUGCCCGCCCUCAUCCUCCAUCAUGGCCAGCCCAAGGUGUCCUGGUGGCAUUGUGAGGAGGGACUGGCCCUGCUCCACCAGCUCCAAGGGGCUGAGACCUCACAGCCACCAGGACCCCUCAUCUCUAGAUCCUCUUUUAUCACCUCUUUGUGUUUUGAAUGAUUUUGUGGUUUUCAUCAAUAAAGGAGAGACACUUGAUAGACA